UGAGAGUCAGCCAGAAGCGGGGCGAAGAGACGGUGCGGGAGACUGGCGGCUCUGGACGGGAUGAUUCCAGCCGUCUGAGCGAGGGGACGGCGGCGCGGGCUGGCCAUGCCCCAGGACUCCCCAUCGCUGUGGGAGCUGGUGGAGGAGCAUGUCCCGCUCCCGGAGCGGCCCGAAGUGAAGAGGAUAUUGGGGGAGGCGGCGGUGGAUCUGAGCCUGGAGCUGCGGGCGGAGGUGGUGAUGCUACGGGCGCUGCUCCAAGAGGCUCGAUCCUUCCAAGCCCCGGGCUCCCGCCCUAUCUCUGACCCUUCCUCCCUUCUGGCACCACCGCCCGUCCUAAGGAACCUCGUCCGCCAGGAACUCCGGCAGCUGCUCCAAGGUCUCCGCCACAAGGCUAUUUUCGAGGGCAGGGACCAGACCCAGGCUUGGGCCCGGUAUAGCCCUAGGGUCCUUCGCUUUGCCUUGGAGGAGCCCAGUUGUGAUUUACCAGAAAAGGAAAUAUUCCAGAGGAGAGCUGACCCCAGCAGCAGUCACAGGGACCUCAGUGUCAUCAAGGACCAACUGAACAUGUCCAACAUUGAUCAGGUUGCCAGACACCUGAGGGACCUCCUGGAGGAGGAGUGUCGCACCUUGGAGAGGGAGAUCCCCACCUUGCAGCACCGCCUAGAAGAGGAGUGUAUGCGAGUGUGUCAGCCCUCCCAGGCAGCCCCAGGGCCCACCCUGAGAGAGCUAAAGGAACAGAAGAAGGCCAUGGAACAGGAGCUGCAGGCAUCUCUGGGGCCUUUCCGUGUCUCUCCCAACCACAGGCAGCGGCCCUUGGGGUCCUUCAUUCUGGGCCUCAGACCCUUUCCCUGCCUCCAUGGGGCUGCUGGAGUUUGGGCUGAGCCUCUCCAACUCCACCUGCCUGCACCUCCUUUGGAGCACUGUCCCCGACCUCGAGGCUGGGCUGCCACCUGCCGCUGGGGACGGCAGCUUCAGUACAGCCCCAGGGAGGAGCCAGCUUCCAUACCAAUGUCCAGCAUGGCACCCCAGUUCCCGACCUGAGGGCUGGUCACAAAGCAGGCUCCUGCUUCUGCUGGAACUUGCCCCAUCUGCUGCUGCUGCUUCUCAGCCAG